AUGUUCGGCUGUUGCGUCGCCGGUCGCCCCCUCCAAACCAACCUGCAGCAGAUAGACGAGACACACGCCAUGUUCGAGCUCCCCGCCGCGGGCUCAAUAAACCAUAUAUGUGUCUUUCUCCUAGGAACAGUGCCCUUCCCCGACGGAUACGGGGCCACCGUCCACUUCUUCUGGCCCAGCAAGGGCUUCCAGCUCCUCGGCAUGCUCUCCAACGACAAGCCCUCCGCCAUCUUCCGCCUCCGCGGCACCUUCACCUCCCAGCCCUCCCACAACACCCUCUUCCCCGCCGCGCACCCCGCCGCCGCUGCCUCGGCCCCCGCAGACGUCACCGCCGUCCUCGGCAUCGCCAUCGAGCCGCUCUCCACGAUCCAGUCCGAGAUGGCCGCCUUGCCGUCUGCAGUUGCGCGCCCGCUGCCCGCCGCGCCCGACGCGACGCUCCUCGCGGAGCGCAUCGUGAAGCACCUCUUCAACUACGUGUCCGGCUUCAUCGGCGGCGGCGGGCUCGCGCCCGACAGCCUCGUCCCGAUGUCCGUCAUCGCCAAAUGGUACGAGACGUUCACGAGCAAGGUACGCAAUGCGGGCAUCGGGUUCCUCGAGAAUCAGGGGUGAGGCUGUGCGGAACGGUGUGCGGGUGAGCGACCACUUUUGGAUAUGUGACGCGUGCCGUGCGCUGCGACCCCCUCGGAUGACUUUGUGGUAGGACGUUAGAGAGUGGUCUCAAAAGAACAAAUGUACUCUAUGGAGCU